GAGAAUGUCGACAUAUUUAGCUAAGUAUAGACAAAGUUUUGAGAGAGUAACUGAAUCGCGUCAGUCUCUCAUCAGUGUUGAGCUGCCACGGAGCAGCCUGUUUGUUACUCUUUCUUGCUGACAAUGUCGACACUCUUUCUCCAACACUCUUCCUUCUUUUAGGUUUCUCCUAUUUUAAAAAAGGUUUAGCUUUCCGCUCACUGAUCCCGAGAAAGAACGAAGAACCAAGAAUAUACUCUCUCUCUUUGUUCCCCAUGAUCAUCGUCGAUAUUCUCUGGAAACUGUUUCCUCUAUACUUGUUCGGUGGUGGAUCAGGAAGAGAAUCUCUCUCAGAGUCCAUUUUGCAGAUGAUUCCGUCAACAAUGGCCUCUCCCAAGAUCCUCUGCGACGCCGGCGAAUCCGACCUCUGCAGAGACGACUCAGCUGCGUUUCUACUCAAAUUCGUCGCCAUUGCGUCCAUUCUCCUAUCUGGAGCUGCAGGUGUGGCCAUACCUCUCGUUGGCAAGAACCGCCGCUUCCUUCAAACCGAAGGGAACCUCUUUGUAUCCGCUAAGGCCUUUGCAGCUGGUGUCAUACUCGCCACUGGGUUCGUCCACAUGCUUGCUGGAGGCACUGAAGCUCUCACCAACCCUUGUUUGCCUGAGUUUCCGUGGUCUAAGUUUCCCUUUCCUGGGUUCUUUGCAAUGGUGGCUGCUUUGAUCACUCUGCUUGUUGAUUUCAUGGGGACUCAGUAUUAUGAGAGGAGGCAAGAGAGGGGUGAUGAGUCUGCUGCUGCUAGUGAAGCUUCUGCUGCUGUUGGUGUUGAGUCUGGUCGUGAAGAGGCGUCUGUUGUUGUUCCCGUGGUUGUUGAAAGAGUGAGUGAUUGUAGUAGUAAAGUGUUUGGUGAAGAGGAAGGUGGUGGGAUGCAUAUUGUUGGCAUUCGUGCUCAUGCUGCUCAUCAUAGACAUAGCCACUCUAAUGGCCUUGGUACAUGCGAUGGACAUGCGCACGGACAUGGGCACGCCCACGGACAUCAAGAUGUCGGAAACGGAGCUAGGCAUGUUGUUGUUUCACAGAUAUUGGAGCUUGGGAUUGUAUCGCACUCAAUCAUCAUCGGUUUAUCCCUCGGAGUAUCUCAGUCUCCAUGCACGAUCAGACCUCUAAUUGCAGCUCUAUCGUUUCACCAGUUCUUUGAAGGGUUUGCGCUCGGAGGCUGCAUCUCUCAAGCAGAGUUUAAGAACAAAUCAGCGACCAUAAUGGCUUGCUUCUUCGCGCUAACAACACCUGUAGGGAUUGGAACAGCGGUGGCGUCGUCUUUCAACUCGCAUAGUCCUGGAGCUCUGAUCGCAGAGGGGAUACUAGACUCGCUCUCGGCUGGGAUACUGGUGUACAUGGCUCUGGUGGACCUGAUCGCAGCUGAUUUUCUAAGCAAGAGGAUGAGUUGUAAUGUUAGGCUUCAAAUUGUGUCUUAUGUAAUGUUGUUCCUUGGAGCUGGACUUAUGUCCGCGCUUGCCAUUUGGGCGUAGAUCUCUUUAGAUUGCAUGCUAUUGAUCUCCCGUAGAAACAAAUAAAUAUACGCCUUCUCUC